GCUCUCCAUUGAUGUUAAGUUAUCAGGUGGUGGAAAGUGCCGCCAAGUCACAGCAGACUUAUGGUGACUUGUAGGGUUUUCAAGGCAAGACACAUUCAGGAUGGCUUGCCAUUGCCUGCUUCCAUGUCAGGACCCUGGUAUUCUUCCGAGAUCUGGGCUAUCCAGAACCAGUCCUGACAGAGGAGGAAUCCAGAAACCAGUAGAGCUUCUUUGGGGUUAUGCCAAGCGGUGUAAGCCUUCAUGUGUCUCGGGUAAGGGCUCUGUACCGAAGAAUUUUGCAGUUGCACCGUGCGUUGCCACUGGAGCUGAAGACUUUGGGAGAUCAGUAUGUGAAGGAUGAAUUCAGGAGACAUAAAUCUGUUGGCUCUGCAGAGGCCCAGCACUUCUUGCAGGAAUGGGAGAACUAUGCAACCAUGCUUGGGAAGCAAACCAAUAAAAAUGAAGAGAGCUCACCUAACAAGCCUUGCUUUGGAUCCCACCUCCCAGAAGAGAAACUUGAAGCACUUCGAGAUGAGCAGCUUGGACAACUACAGGAACUAAUGCAAGAAGCUACCAAACCCAAGAGACAGUUUAAUGUUUUGGAUGAUACGGAAUACAAAAGCUAGUCUAUUUCUUUGAAUAGAUUUUUAAGUAAAAAUUUUUGGUGCUUCCUUUUGCUCUAAUUUUGAAGAAAGCCUCACUGUGAAAAAUAAAUCAAGUUGACAUACA